UGGGAGCGGGCGGCUUUGGAAGGUACUUCCUUUGUGACUUUCAGUGGCAGUGAGAAACUGAAGACCUUAAAGUACGACGCCUGUGGCCCCUUGCUCAGCAGGAACAAUGCUGCAGCGAUGAGAUUACAGUGAGCCCUUCCUGUGUGGCCUCCAUGGGUCCGACUCAACUCAGCACACAGGAUCAUGGGAAGAGGGUGGCAAGUGUAUUUGAGAUGGAAGAGGAAGGACUUUCGCUCUUCCCUGGCUCAGAAACUCCCCCUGAGCAUGCAGAAAAUCCCCCCCUGAAGCGGAAGAAGGGCCCAGCCCCUAAGAUGCUGGGAAAUGAAGUGUGCAGCGUGUGUGGGGACAAGGCCUCUGGCUUCCACUACAACGUGCUGAGCUGUGAAGGCUGCAAGGGCUUCUUCCGGCGCAGUGUCAUCAAGGGUGCACAGUAUGUCUGCAAGAACGGUGGCAAGUGUGAGAUGGACAUGUACAUGCGUCGCAAGUGUCAGGAGUGCCGGCUGCGCAAGUGCCAGGAAGCAGGAAUGCGGGAGCAGUAUGUUCUGUCUGAAGAACAGAUCCAGCUCAAGAAACUGAAGAAACAGGAAGACAAUCAGGCUCGGACAGUUGUGGUGCGUCCAAACCCUCCAAAUCCACCAAGCCCUUCCCACAAACUGACACCUGAACAGCUGAGCAUGAUAAAGAAGCUUGUGGCUGCUCAGCAGCAGUGCAACCAGCGCUCGUUCACAGACAGGCUCAAAGUGACGCCGUGGCCCCAGGUUCCUGACCCUAACAACCGUGAAGCAAGGCAGCAGCGUUUUGCUCAUUUCACAGAGCUCGCAAUUAUCUCUGUACAAGAGAUUGUAGACUUCGCCAAGCAACUCCCUGGCUUCUUGGAGCUCACCAGGGAAGAUCAGAUUGCUUUGCUGAAGACAUCUACCAUAGAGGUUAUGUUGUUGGAGACAUCUCGGCGCUACAAUCCAGAGAUUGAGAGCAUCACCUUUCUGAAGGACCUGAGCUAUAAUCGGGAUGACUUCGCCAAAGCAGGUCUGCAGUUUGAGUUCAUUAACCCCAUUUUUGAGUUCUCAAAGGGAAUGAAUGAGCUACAGCUCAACGAUGCAGAAUAUGCACUUUUAAUCGCCAUCAACAUUUUCUCUGCAGACCGACCAAAUGUGCAGGACCAGUCCCUGGUGGAGAGGCUGCAACACACCUAUGUGGAAGCCCUUCAUUCUUACAUUUGUAUCAACAGACCAAAUGACCGCCUGAUGUUUCCACGGAUGUUAAUGAAGCUGGUCAGUCUUCGGACACUAAGUAGCGUCCACUCGGAACAGGUGUUCGCCCUCCGGCUGCAGGACAAGAAACUCCCUCCCCUGCUCUCAGAAAUAUGGGAUGUGCAUGAGUGACUGCAUGCUCCCAGGGCACUGACGUGCUGAUGUAAUGCCAUCUCCCAGCCUCUGCUAAUGAGAAGCCAGCCUCCCCUCUCCAAAGCACUGAACUCUGGGCUGCAGGGAGUGAUGAGCCAGAGGUUUUAAUGUUGUCAUGAGAUUUGUGCAGGAGGAAGCAGGGGUAGGUUAGCUGGGGGGGUUGGUUUCAGUGUAGUGCCCAUACCCCAAAGGAGUAACAUGCAAUGUUUGAAAACGGUAGAAAUGAAGACCUUCCCAGCACACACAUACGCCUCUUUCUUCAGAGUCUUUCUCCUCUCUAAGCAUGUCCUGAGGGCUUGCCCAUUGAUCCUUUCCUCCCUUGUUGAUUUGCAAGAACUUGCCAAACCCUCUCUGUUCGGAGUAACCCAGCUCAAAAGACUUCUGCAGGGUCCCCAGUGUAUCUGGAUCUGAGGAGCUCAGGGAAGUCAGUGUGGAUGUUCUAGGGGUUUCACUGGGUGUCCUAUCAAUAAAAUCUCUUGUAUGUGAUGCCCUUUACAAUGACUCCAAGAGAAGUAGCUGUUAUUUCAUUAAUAUGAGACUUCAUCUCUAGAGCUGCCCAUUCAUUCUGGCCCUCUUUUGGAAAAAGAAUUCCUCUAAUGCGUAGUGCCCUUUGUCUAACAGGGAGGCCUUCUGGGUAAGGAGCGUUUGCACGUCAGAAAGAUGUCAGUCAUGAAGUAGUGGAUUUUAAAAAAUGUAAUACAAUGCAGUUUUACUAUUUGGUGGUUCUCAGCCAAUUCACUUUACCUUUGAUUUGCUAACAGCUGGAAAGCUUUAGUUCAAAACAAAUCAGGGCAUAGAUUUUUGUCUUUAGGGGUGGAAUAGAAGAAGGAUAGGUGGAAUGAACCAGUACCUAGGCAAGGUAAUUGUAAUGAAAGAAUCUCGAAAACUUACAAGAAUUUGGAGCAUGUGUUAAAUGUUCCAAGGUGGAUGUGAAGAUGUAUCAGUUAAGGAGAGAGGCAACACUGCAGUUAGUGAAAUAUGUGAGCAUUAUGUAAGCUACGGUCUGCACAACUCUCAGAUCAUGGCCUGCAAGAAUAUUGUGUGUGACCAAAUCCACUUGUGUCGUCUUCCUUUUGCCAAAGUCCUUCCAAGGUAUUUGCUCAAGGUUCUAGUGAUGGUCGUGGGGAAUGGAGGUUCCUCCUGUAUGAGGAGUGCCAACUGCUUUAGAGGGACACUUGGGUCUAUUAUCCUUUCUUUACUUCAGGCACUGUGAGAUCCAUGCUGGAUUUAUGCCGCAAGUUCUUAAGUAUCCACAUCAAUAAGUAUUAUAGGAUUUACAGCAAUAUUUUAUCUGACAGAACAGAAAUAUAGUGGUGUAAAAUAUGUUCUGUUUUUCCAAGAAACAACAUCUUAUGGCUGAUCUCAGAGAUGUAACAUUAAGUAUCCUGGUAGCUUGGUCUCAUGAGUCUUCUCUAUCAUAGGGGUCUAUGUUUGCUUGCCCGGUGAGUAUCCCAAGAGCCUAGGUUCACAUGGCUCAGGUUUUUUUGUUUGUUUGUUUGAGGGGGGAGGGGGGCAUUUUGUGUUGGGUUUUUUGUUUGUUUUUUUUUUUGGCUGUGUAUCUGAGCGCUAUGCCCAUGGUGAGGGUAUUGUGUCCAUUUUGCACUUGAGGUUGGUCCCCUGCCACUGGCCUUCACUCUGCACCUUUGUAAAGCACUUGUAACAAUCUGUAAAAUAAUCUGUUGUUUUUUAUAACUCAUUGCAAUUGCAGAAAUUCUUGUUUAAAUCUGUAUUUUUAACUAAUCUGUUUGAGAAAUGUUAAUGUUUAUAUAAAAGAAUAAAG